UGCUUUCGGUGCAAUUCUUUCGGGUGUUCUUGUUAUUACUUCUGCUAAUCCAGUUAUUUCGGUUCUUUUCCUUAUCUCUGUAUUCGUUAAUGCUGCAGGUUAUCUAAUUCUUCUUGGAGUAGGAUUUGUAGGUAUCUCUUAUCUUAUUGUAUAUGUUGGUGCUAUCGCAAUUCUAUUCCUUUUCGUGAUUAUGAUGCUAAACAUUUCUAUCACUGAAAUUGUUUCUGUUGGACGUGAAUAUACUAAGAAUCUUCCUCUAGGUUUUGUUGUUGGAACUCUAUUCUUCUUUGAAAUUCUAUCUGUAAUUCCUCAAACUACAUCUGAUGUUGGUGAACUACCUCUUGGUCUUUUCACAUAUCUUAACGGACUUCUUCUUGGUGUUGAUACAGCUAUUACAAAUUCUGAUGUUAAUAUGGCUUUCUCUAAUAUUCUUGCUGAUAAUGCAUUUAAUUCUUAUCUGCAAAUUGAAGCUAUUGGACAAGGACUAUAUACUUACGGUUCAGUUUGGCUACUUCUAGCUAGUGUUAUUCUACUUCUAGCUAUGGUGGGACCAAUUGCGCUAUGUCUACGAACACGAACAUAAUAAAAAAUAUUACUCCCCCGCCACAACUAUAAGCGUGGCUUGGGGGGUCCCCUUAUUUAAUAUAGAAUAUAAAAGAAAGUAAGAAAAUUAAAA